UUCCAAAUAGGCGGACCAUGUAGGCUCGAAUUGACACUUUUAGACACGUUCUGUCAUGAUACUGAACAGCGGAGCUGACCGGGGUAUAGUACAUGGGUGACAAGGACCCAAUAUAGAGGUAAUUCAACUGAAUCCGGGGCUAGCAGAGGCCGAAAAAACAAACUGCUGACUGUCCACCUGAAACCAUGGGACGCUUCAGUUUCGCCACUCAGUGUUCAAGGCAGAAUUGACGACGCGUUUGCACCCUGUAAACGCCCCUCUGGUACACAAGGUGCCAGCAACAGGGAUGGAAACUGAAAGAUUUAGAAGCAAACAGUGAGUCGCUCUGCAUUUGAGAGCACCGCUUCAGCUUUGGAAAUGUUUACAACUAUAUCCAAUUCAAAUUUCAGGCGCACUAUUGGCAAGGAAUUUUGCGCUGGUUCUCCCACUUCCGGGGGGACGUUGCUGUCUUGUUUCGAGCCCCCAGGAGUGAAAACAUGACACGAUUCAGUUGACGAGCGUGGUUUUUCGUAACUCAAAAGGAGGACUUCCGUCCUUAGACUUGUCGAGUGAACAAAUAAUUAUUGGUGUGCAGCCUCUACCACUUCUGACGAAAAUGAACAGCACUGUGGCGGCUUCUCCGUCCGACUUCGAAAAACAAACUGCUUUGCAUCACCGGCGACUGGCUCGUCGGAUACUACAUCAAGCCCGUCACAAAAGACAAAGCUUUACAUAUAGUUUCUGCUGAAACACCCGUUCUUCUGUAGGCGGUUGUCCGUAGACGUGGAUAGAGUCAGCGUUUACUACAGGGGUCGUAUGUGCUCAGCUGUUGUCGUGCAUGCUGCGCGUAAACGCUGUUGAGUUUCACGCCGGCAACAUGAAGGACGAAACUGCAGUGAAUGAAAUGGCCACAAGGAUCUAGUUUUAAAGCAACGCUGACAUAUUCUCUAGUACAUAUUAUUAUUUGUACUUCAUGGUGGUGGCACUGGGCUUCCCCCAACUACAGCGCACAUUACCAUGUCUUGCGAGUUCAGGGGUGAAUUUUUCCCCAAAGCUUCAGUGAGUGUUAACUGUAAGAAAACGUUUUCUAUUUCCAUAUAGUGUGCGUUCGUACGUUUUGCUGUAGAGACAAUAUCUUCCAGAAGAAAUGGUGGAACCACACUGAGGCACUUUCCUGCGCGUCUUUUCCGCCACACAGAACGGGACGAAUUUGUACGACUCGAAUCGAUCCCUACCAUUCCAUUCGAAAACGGUUGCGUUUAAGGUCAAUCAUGUCCGCGCUUGUUGAGCUUCCAAAGGCAACGAAAUCGCCCUGUUGUUCAGUUGCAUCUCCUGUCUGCGCAAGUCCUUCUGUGACAUUUACCCUGUUUUCCGCGUUGUUUUUCGCUGCCGUCCAUCUACAGAGCUGUCUGUCGACUGGGUCUGGACUGUCUUCCCCCCAUUCAUCUCUCUCCUCCGGCCCCUGCGGGUAUUUUCGACGUUUUACCGGUCCUGUCUGUCGCAUCGGACCGCAUUUCCGAUGUGUGUUCUGUGACGUCCCCGUUCUUUCUGUGGUGCCGGCGGGUGACGCCUACAGCGUCAGUCGCUUGACGGCGCACAAAAAUAAAACACGGGCUCAUCACCUCGCUCCAUCAUUCCAGAGUUCUUCAGUCUGCACAGUAGCUGAGUGCCGACUGAAAUGUAUGCCUUGCAUAACUCGGAACCUUCAGCCGUUGGAAACAUGCAUGUUUAUUCAUCUUCGCCACAGCGGGCACUCUGCUUCUCGAGAUGAAUCGAGGUAUUCCGAUUUUGAAAGUCGUCCCCGGAAAGUUUCACCCUGGGCUAAAUGCGUUUCUCUUCAGAACGAACGAGCCACAGGACUGAUGCAUUGUUUCCCUCGUUGUCACGUUCUUACUAACAGCCAGCGAAACAGCAAUCCUAAUCUCUGCGGACACUCUCCAUUUGCAGCGUUUCCCUCGCUUGAUCCAGGAGGACGUUCGACGCGAAGGCGGAACAGCCCUGCCUAUUCUCCUGACCGAGCAGCAAUCUUUUAUCCCUUUCUGUCUGCAUGUGGCCGUGACCGUCCUGUUGGUUGUCUUCGGUACUCGGCGUCAGCGCUGCGUGGCAGCCGCAGCAGCACGAGCAACCCCAAGCAGGCAGUGGCACGCCAAGGAAAUCACGGGAGUGGAAAAAAGGGCACGAGCACCUUUACCGCGUCUGGAAAGAUCGUGUCUGCCCUACCAGGAGGGUACUUUAUGGUCGAACUGUCCGCAGUCACUUCUCCACGAAUCCACAGCAGCACUUCUCCCUCUGUAGCACAUUCACCACCGGCUGUGGUGACACCCCCUGCUCUAGUAGGGAAGCAAAUGUUGUGCAGCUUGGGCGGCAAGCUACGGCUAAACAGAAUACGCGUGCAGCUUUUUGAUAUGGUAGACGUCGAAUUCUGCCCUCUUGACCCUACACGCGGCCGCAUUAUAUAUCGACGUAAACCCACGUCGUCAGACACACCAUCUUCGCAACCCAGUUGAGGCGACUCGGAAGAAUUCCCUAACUUUUUGAAUAGAAGGAGAGUGGGCAGAGGACAGUUUCGUUUGUCAGUAAAUGUGGAGCGAACAGAGGUUACUUCGGUGCAAUUCAGAGCACGAAGUCAUCGUCUAGCGGUCUUUCAUGUCAGGUGCUCACUGAGCAGCAUGCGGACUAGCACGUGUUGCUGUUUGCCGCCGUUGAGACGCAAGGGUUCAGUGUAAACGAAUCAGUUAACUUUUCCCAUCUGCACUGGAACGCGAGGUGGGGACAGAAACCACAAAUGGCUCCUUGUCUCUUUUUAGGCCGAUCGUGAAACGAUUCUGUACAGCUUCAGAAUUGGCCGGCGGCAUCUGUAGGCACGAUCCGGCCACAGUGCGUGUGGUACGGACUCCCUGGAUGUAUAUUUUUCGAGAACCUCAACGCACACAGUCGUAGCACUUGCACAAUUGGGUUUCGUCUAAUAUUCCUGGAGUUCGUCGAUGCGAGCAUGCUACUAUAGGACUUUUGUUUCACCUGUUUUAGCAGAAUCGCUAUGCCAUUGCCUUGUCUGAAUAUAACUUGCGCGACAACUGUACAUGGUGCCUGCAGCGUCAGGCUUUCACUGUUACAGUGCUUUGUUGCUCACGUCUAACUUCAAACUGUGUAGAUCUCCCCACCCAUCGCAACUUGCUUUGAAGCGCGGCUGUCUCU